UACUAAUUUUAAAAUGAGAGCAAAUAUUAUUUUGUUCCUAAUCGGAGCGUUAGGAUUGGUCAAUGGCUAUUAUAGGACUGGUUUUCAAUAUUACCCAGGGACCUUGCAGUUCGAUUUUCCGCAUUGGGUUGACACAAUAGUGGCACAAAAGCCAGCACCAGUUGCCGGAGACAAGGAAGAGAAACCAACGCCAACACCAGUUGCCGGAGACAAGGCAGAGAAACCAACGCCAGCACCAGUUGCCGGAGACAAAGAAGAGAAACCAACGUCAGCACCAGUUGCCGCAGACAAAGAAGAGAAGCCAACGCCAGCACCAGUUGCCGGAGACGAAGUAGGGACACAAACUCCAGCACCAGUUGCCGGAGAUGAAGUAGGGACACAAACUCCAGCACCAGCUGCUGCAGACGAAGUAGGAAAACAAACGUCAGCUCCAGUUACCGCAGACGAAGUAGGGAAACAAACGUCAGCUCCAGUUACCCCAGACGAAGUAGGGAAUCAAACGCCAGCACCAGUUACUAAUCCACCAACUAAGAAUGAAGUACUCGAAAAGGAUGUUGGAAGUGCUACUAUGGUAGAUACACAUACAAGAAAGAAGCGUUAUGUGGAACCACUUGAUAAAUUCAACAUACCAGCAGAUUGUCAACCUGAUCCGGUCAGUUAAGGCCGUAAGCCGUGGUAUUUAAGAUGCACUUUAAUGGAUACAAUUGCAAUAAUAUAUUUACUUUAAAAAUAUCUAAUAUAACAUAAUUCAAAUAUAUUAACUAAA